AUGGCUGUUGUGCACGAUGAGUUGGGUUAUGAGAUUCGUAAAAAAUCGGUCAAAUCGAGAGCUAUCAAGGCUGGAAAAACACUUGAGAAAAUGAUAAAUGCAAAACGAACCAACAUUUUCACAGACCAACAAGCUCUUCUUGCACUUAAAGCUCAUAUAACCCAUGAUCCUACCAAUUUUUUGGACAGUAAUUGGUCCGCAAGCACCUCUAUUUGUGAAUGGAGUGGCAUCACUUGUGGUGCCCGUCACCAUAGAGUCAGAGCUUUGGAUAUUUCUUACUUGAAUCUUACUGGCACCAUUCCUCCUCAACUAGGAAAUCUACCUUUCCUUUCAUUUCUCUCCAUCAGAAACAAUAGCUUUCAUGGCACUCUCCCUGAUGAGUUGGCUCAGUUACGUCGACUCGAAUACUUUGAUUUCAGUUUCAAUAACUUCAUCAAUUUAGAGAUCCCAUCAUGGUUUGGGUCCUUAACCAAACUUCGAAUCUUGAGUUUGAAUGAAAUAACAUUUUCAGGGACUAUCCCUCAAUCCUUAGGCAGUUUGUCUUCAUUGCAAGAACUUAUGCUUGAUUAUAAUGAGCUUUCAGGAAACAUUCCACAGGAGUUGGGAAAUCUUGCACAACUGAGGAGUUUUUCACUUGUAUCUAAUCAUCUGAUCACUGGAGUCAUACCAAAAAAUAUUCUAAACUGGACUCGGCUUCAGAUGUUUUCUCUAUACCAAAAUAAAAUCCAAGGAGCCAUACCAAAAGAAAUCGGAAAUUUGACUCAGCUUAAGAUGCAUUUUGGCUACAAUCAACUACAAGGAAAUAAACUCUCAGGAAUUCUUCCAACUAAUACUAAACUUUCAAAUCUUAGGGGUUUUACAGUGGGAUCUAAUGAUUUUAGUGGGCCAUUUCCAAGCUUCAUCAUCAAUGCUUCCAAGCUUUCAAUGCUAGAUAUUUCAAGUAAUUCAUUCACAGGCUUCAUUCCUAGUACAAUUGGUAAUUUAAGAAACCUUGAGUGGCUUGUCUUAGCGGACAAUUACUUCACAUCACCCACUCCAAAUUUGGGCAUUUUUUCUUCUUUGGCAAAUUGCAAGAAUUUAAAACUCUUAGAGUUAUCAUCAAUUCCAUUCAAUAGCAUCCUUCCAAGUUCCAUAGGAAAUCUUUCUAUUUCCUUGGAAAAUGUUUACAUGAAUGAUUGCAAUAUUAGUGGCAACAUUCCGAAAGAGAUAGAAAACUUAAACCACCUGAUAGAAAUCCAAUUACAAAGCAAUGAAUUGACUGGACCUAUUCCAGCUACACUAGGUGGACUACAAACACUCCAAGGUUUGAAUCUUAGAGAUGACAAAUUGGAAGGAUCCAUACCAGAUCAUCUUUGUCUUUUGAUUAAAUUAGAUAAGUUGCAGCUAGAUGGUAACAACAUUUAUGGAUCUAUACCUGCAUGCUUAGGCAAUCUCACUACACUAAGAAAACUAUCAUUGGCCUCCAAUAGGUUAACUUUUGUCAUACCCUCAACUUUGUGGCAGCUUAAGGACAUCUUGUACUUUAAUCUGUCAUCAAAUUUUCUAAAUGGAUCUCUCCCAUUAGAAAUUCAAAGUCUAGAAGUUGUAGUAGCUAUAGAUUUGUCAAGGAAUCAUUUGUCAGGCAAUAUUCCAACUGAUAUUGGAAGCCUAAAAAAUCUACAGAAUCUCUCCUUAGGAUAUAAUAGAUUUGAGGGCUUGAUUCCUAAAUCAAUUGGUGACAUGACAAGCUUGGAGUUCUUGGAUCUGUCUAAUAACAAUCUCUUUGGAGUUAUUCCUAAGUCUUUAGAGAAACUCUCAUACCUCAUAUAUCUAAAUUUGUCUUUCAACUAA